GCAAAGUUUUUAAUUUAAAAUGGAAUUUGUUUGGGCGGGGUGGGGGUGACUGAGUGACAUCAUCAGUCUGCUCCAAACUUCUGGGUUGCGUUCGCUCUCCCUCGGACUCGCAUAGCCAUGACAUUACCACUAUACUGAUAUUUUCAAUCCUAAUAUCGAACAAUGGCAGUGCUGGACUCGGAUUUCACCGCUUCUCUAUUUCAGAAUCUCAACCUGGAAGAUCCAUGGCUUCCCCCCACUUCUUGGGACUCCAUCCCUUCCGAGAGCGGACCUCGCGACUCUCAUUGCAACUCCUUAACUUCUCACUCUUCUUCAACGCCUCAUCGUCUCCGCCCUGAUUCUUCCGUUUCUGAGGCAAGUAUGGUGAGGUUGGCUAUGAAUGGACUUCAAGGUGUUCAAUCAGCCCUUAUUAGUAUUGAAAAGCUUUCCACUGCCUUUUGUUCUGAUCCAGCUGAUAGGACCUACCAUCAGAUACCAAGUUUGUGGAAUCGGUCUUCAAGCACUCAUGCUCAGGGAAAGAUACUGAAAUCCAUUGGAUGCUCAGGUUUCUUAGUAUUACUACUCCGUAAAUUUGUGGACUAUUUUAUGAAUUCGAAUAUCCGCGACAAUUUUUCGGGUAUGAGACAACAUGAAAAUCCAGAACUAGCAGAUAUUCAAGAUCUUCAUGGCUGUAAAGUACAACAGGAUGAUCACCCUCCUUACAGUCUUGUUAAUCAUGCAUUCUCUGUUGCUGUGGGGAAGAUUUUAGAGGGUUACAUGUGUGCACUAGAUACAUUAUAUGCAUCUGUAUGUUUGAGAGAUUCAUCAGAAAGUGGUGAAACACCUUUGGUAGCACCUUCUGGAUUAGGAUGUCUCACCACGGUGGUUUAUUCUAAAAUUACUUUGUUGGAGCUGUAUUUGCACACAAAAGAACUGAGGAAUCAGAUUGAAGCUCUUGGGAAUAUAUGCAACCUAUCUCCCAUAGCUUUUGGCUUCUCAAACUUUUGUUUUGAAGAUUUAAUUGCUAAAGCAAUGCUUGAAUUUUGUCGUUUUUUCAGAGGAGGGGAUCUUCUUACAUAUUUGUAUGCACAGUUACAGGUUGCCGAUCCUCCUCAUCAUGCUGUACUCAAAUUUCUCUUUCUUCGUUCAUUUGAACCAUAUUGCGGGUUUAUCAGAUCAUGGAUAUACAAAGCUGAGAUAAGUGAUCCUUAUGAGGAGUUUGUGGUAGAAUAUAUUGACAACAAACCAUCCCAAUGGCAGUAUAAUACUGACUUCCCACUGGCAAGUAUUAGGGAACGAGAUGGAGUUACUAUUCCUUGUUUUCUCAAGGACCACUUGAUUCCACUUGUCAGAGCUGGCCAGCAGCUUCAAGUAAUAAUGAAAUUACUAGAAUUGUGUACAUACGUUGCCUCUAAUAACCAUUCCUAUGAGGAUCUUCUUCCUUGUUGGAAUGCCUUUUCCAGUAUCCAUCCAUCGAAUGCGUGUCCGAUAACUUUCAAAAAAGAGAAUAUAGAAACAACAGUACUUGCCAGAGGCAGCUACUACAAAGGGAUGCUUGAAAAACUUGAGUGUCUUCUGACAAAAUUAGAGUUCAAAUAUCAACAGGUAGUUUCGCAUGGCACAGUCCCCAAGGGCUUUGGUGAUGGCAGGAUGAGGUCAAAUGCCCCAGUUUCCUUCACGAUGGGUAAAAGUUUAAUGGUUCCUUCAGCAGAAUAUAAAAGGGUGUUAAAUGUGGAUAGGGAUGAUGUGGAUUCUGAUGACUCAGGUACAAUAGAUGAUUUGUCUUAUGUAGCUAAUACAUAUGAAUCAUCUGAAUGUUCAGCUUCAAAUGAUGAAGAGAAAAUUGUGUCUGAUCAGCUGAAUGAACUUUCCGAUCAAAGGGUUGGGCUUGAAGAGAAAUACUUCUCUGGGUUAAGCUUCUCUGUAACUCAUCCCUUUAAUAAUUUUGUGGAAAAGUCUUGUGAAUGUGAGGAAUCACAUCAUAUUGAAAGUGAUGCAGAUGGACUUUUUGAAAGAGAUGUACUAUACCAUCACUGGAAGCUUUCAGAUCAAAUUUCUGGGGCCAUUGAAUCACAAGAACCAAAUUGGGCAUGCAAAUCUAUCAAUGAGUAUUUAGAUCAAUUACCUGAUAAUAAUUGGUUAGGUCUUUUGAAAAGUUCUGUCAACGUUGAAGGAAAUUCUGGAGGUAAUUCAAGGUCAAAUCUGCAGGACUGUGAUCCAAGGAUGAGUAUGAUAGGAACCACUGAGAAAGGUAUCUCUUAUUGUAGAAAAAUGAUUAUCAUGAACGAUGCUUUUUCUGAGGAGUUGUUUGGCAAGGAUGGACAAGAGAACAACAUAAACAAUUCAACUUUAGUUACCUUGAAAGACUGGAAGGUUAACUCACACAACAGUUUACUUAGCACAAACCCAAUGUUAACGAAAUCCACUUUUCUAAAAUUGCAAACUGAUCCUGGAGAGGGAGAUGGCACACGCUAUGGCAAAGCUUUACCUUUUUUCGACUUUUCUUCAGUGGAAGAUUCUUGUAACCGAUGCUUAGAAAGCUUUUCUGCAAGACUUUCAGACCCUGGUGCUUCAGCCACUAGUAAUAAGAGUGAUCUUCAUGAUGAGCAUUGCGAUCAAGAUAUGUUGUUGGUUAAACGCAAAAUCAGCAAUGGUAAUUCACUUUUGGAAGUGAAGGACUGCAAUCAAGAAGAUACUGCAUCAACACUUGACUCCGGAGGAAGUAGUUGGGAAAGGUUACUUGGUAGAUCCUGUAACACUGUUAAUAAUGGUGUUAGAGACCACAUAGAGAGUUCGUUAGCCAAAUUUGACAUACCGCUUGACUUUAUCAUUGACAAAUGCCUUCUGCAGGAAAUUAUGCUUCAAUACAAGUAUGUUAGCAAGUUAACUAUUAAGUUGCUUGAAGAAGGAUUUGAUUUUAAAGAACAUUUAUUAGCACUUCGACGUUACCACUUCAUGGAGUUAGCAGACUGGGCAGCUUUGUUUAUCAUGUCACUUUGGCAUCAUAAGUGGUGCAUUACAGAGGCAGAGCAAAGACUUGCAGAAAUUCAAGGACUUCUUGAGUUGUCAAUUCAGAGGUCUUCUUGCCAAUUUGAUCAUAAUAAAGACAGAUUAUAUGUGUACAUUAAAGGACAUGACACAAUGCCUCUUUCAGCAUCUGCUAUCGGGCUCCAUUCUUUUGAUUUUCUAGGUUUGGGUUAUCGUGUGGACUGGCCAGUUAGUAUUGUUUUGACUCCUGAGGCAUUGAAAAUAUAUUCGGAAAUAUUUAGUUUUUUGAUAAAAGUGAAGAUUGGCAUUUUUUCAUUGACUGAUAUAUGGCGCUCAUUAAAGGAGUUGAGGCCCUUGAUCAGUGUCAAACAUGCAGAGCUAUCAAAACAGGAAGUGGGUCAUUUUAAUUUAUUGAUGAAGAUAAGGCAUCAGGUCAGUCAUUUUGUAUCUACCCUGCAGCAGUAUGUAGAGUCACAACUAUCACAUGUAUCAUGGUGUAGAUUUCUUCACUCCUUUCAGCAUAAGGUCAAAGAUAUGAUGGAUCUUGAGUCAGUGCACAUGGCAUAUCUAAUUGACUCGCUGCAUAUAUGUUUUCUAUCGGAUGAAACGCGACAUGUAGCCAGGAUUAUAGACAGCAUUUUGCAGUGUGCAUUAGACUUUCGGUCUUGUCUUAGAGGAGGCAUGUGGGAUGUUGGAUUAAGUCAAGGAGAGCUGGUGGGAAAACUUUCUAGAGUAAAUAUAUCACAGGUACUUGGCAUGAAAAAAAUAUUUGACAAAAAUCUCCAAGAAUUGCGCCUGCAUUAUCUCAAGUCACCAAAACACGAAGAAUAUGGGCUUUCCCGGUUCUGGGGACACCUGAACUUCAAUGAAUAUUACUCAGAUAACGGUAAUGAACUGCGAUUCUAUGCUGCUUCAAUCUGAAUCUCUGUACGUAACUGAUUGAAAUGAGUGAAGAGAUGGAUCACACUAAGAAGAUAUCUCCAACUUCAAUUUGGAAAAGAUGUUGCUGGUUAACAUGGAUGAAAUACCUAUGGAAGCAGUCAGUAAUGCAUUCAUCUUGGGCUGCGGAUACAUGUAAUGUGAGAGAUCCUCAUUUUUUUUUCUCUGAUGAUUUAUGGUCUGUAUGUCUUAUUGGUGUUGCAGAGAUAUCUUUUGGUUUAGAGAAGUGUUGAUUCAAUUAGUUCUAGAAAUGGGGUGCAGGUAAGUUGUUACGUGAAAGGAUAUAUUAUAUGACGAGUGUUUAUAGUGUAGUAGAUGGCCGAAUAUAUAUCAUAAUGAUUUUUUAAUUUUUUUUUGUAUAGAAGCUUUCUAUUGUAAUGUUAUUUUUGGUUCUAUCUUUUGUACAUAUUAUAUGAAGUACUACAUAUAUAUGGGCUGGAUGUAGUCACGCUUUUGGCAAUUAGCGUGGCUGGUCACUCGAGAAAAAUAUUAAUGUAAAAAUAAUUGAUUUAGGCCACAUCUUUAAUAUAAGGGUUGUGUUUUUUCCAAUUA